CAUACACUACUAGCUAUACUGUCUAUAGCUUAUACUGUCUAUAGCUAGCACAUGCCCUCUCUAUCUCCAGAGCUCAAAUCUGCUAUUGCAAAACAAUCCAUCCAGCUGCCACGCGGAUUCAAUAAACAGCAAUCGCAGUCAGAAACAUUCGCCAGCAUCCACGCUGCAAAACGCAGGCUCCAAUGCCAUCGCGCCCAUGACUGGCCUUUUAUUCUUGCUGCGUGCUAUACAGGCUUUAAUUUUCCCCAAGGCAUACAGUGUCUGUGGCAGUCUAUCCUGCAAGAUCCCCACAUUCCAGCCUCACAGCAUGCACAUAUCGGUGCAGCCAUGAGGGAAGCUGUACUGAAAUGUAUCCCGUUCUUGGGUAUACCACGCGUCUUGCUCUGUCUUGCACCCCUUCAAGCAGCUCAAGGAAAAGUCCUACAACCAGACAUUGAAAAGAUUCUGCUGCCACUUCGGCCAACACCAAAGGACACCACCUCCUCACAACAAAUGGAAGCAGGCUCAGGUCUUUGGGAUGAUAUCUACGCACCCAAACAACUCGCCACAAAGCUACGUGGUAAGAUUGCUACGUUCCAUCCAAACCUCGCAAACCUCAUUAUCCAAGGCAGCUAUGGCGCUGCCCUCUCCCCAACUCUGUUGAUUGGACGAGAACUCACCUCUGCUAUUGCAGUUGCCGGUCUACGAUGCGAAGAAGAUGUUAUGAUGCAACUGACUUCACACGUCAUGGGUCUCCUCAAAGGUGGUGGCGAUGAAGCCUACGCCCUGGCCAUCAUGGAUGUCGUCGAUGGGUUGAGACAAGGCACCCUCAUAGAUAAAACUAGACUAUGAUCCCACAA